AGCUAGUUAGUAAAGAUCUUUCAUUCUGAUCAAACAUGCUCUGGGCAACCGCAGUCUUUCUUUCGGUCUGCGUCCUUUUAGGAGAUGCCUGUACUGACUGUGUUUCACCGGAAAAGUGUAAAACAAUAUCACCAGAGUCUUCAGAAUAUUGUUCUUCUUUUGAAGUCUGCUGCGAAGAUCGUUAUGAGGUGAAGGAGACUACCACAUCGGGACUAAGCAAUGGAAACAAUUGUAAUCCGGGAGAUUCAACUAAAUAUGACGAAACUAUAAUUAAUUGGCCAUUGGUGGAUACGAAUCCAUUUAUCCCAACCAAACCUGGCCAAGUAGUGGGCUUGAGCAACCCCGAUGGGUUAGAUCGCACGAAAAAUGACCGGUAUGGGCAAUCGAAGCCUGGUCAAUAUCCCUGGGUAGUGGCUCUGUUUUGCCAAGGAGAAUUCUUAGCCGGCGGAUCCUUGAUUUACCCAAAUGUUGUCUUGACAGGAGCUUACGCCUUAAGAUAUAAGACCCCCGAUGAAAUUAUGGUUAGAGCUGGCGAAUGGGAUCUAAGCUCCGAAAUUGAACGCUAUCAUUAUGAAGUGCGGGAUGUUAAGGACAUCGUGAUGCAUAAAGAUUUUGAUUUUUCGACAGGUGACAGCAACUUGGCGCUCCUUAUCCUAAAAAUGCCAUUCGAAUUAAAAGAGUACAUAAGAACAAUUGGAUUGGCAACUCCACAAAAGUCGUUCGAGGGACGACGCUGCACUGUUGCGGGUUGGGGUACUUUGACCAGGUUUAGCAAACAUUCAAAUAUUCUAAGGAAAACUGAGUUAGCAAUCGUGGAGAGAAAUAUAUGUCAGGAAAAAUUGAGAACAACUAAAUUGGGCUGGCAAUAUCAGCUGCCUCGGAGCCUAAUUUGCGCGGAAGGUGAGCCUGGUUCGGAUACCACUCCAGGUGAUGGAGGAUCUGCCUUGUUCUGCUCCAUUGAAGGCGGAAUUCCGAAUACCUACGAGCAGGUUGGCAUCGUGAACUGGGGGAUUUACAAUGGGAAUAGGAUGUUCCCUGGAACCUACACCAAUGUGGCUAUGUUCAAAGAUUGGAUAGAUAAAAACUCUAUGCCAUUUGAGUACAAGUUUGGAAAUUAAACCAAUAUAAGCUUAGUACACCAAUAAUGGACGGUGCUCACUUUAAAAGUAAAAGUAAUAAUAAUCAAACAAAAUUGUUAUUCCAAUUGUAAUUUUUGUUCCGCAAUAAAUUAAACUGACGAUUGGACUUUUAUAGUUAAAGAAGGGUUCAAUCUGUUUGCAAAGUA